AACUCUCCCUAAGAACAAAAGCCCAAUCAGUAUAAUCUCUCCAGUACUCUCUCUCUCUUAACGGUUCCGGUACAGAGUCGACGCUUGUUCUCCAUUGGUAUCAACCUUAUCAAAGACAAAAUCUCUAACCCCUUAUCCUAGUUUCCAUUAAUGUCUUCUAUCAACUUCAACCCCUUCAACGAAAACUGGUUCCAAAAACCCCCUAACCCAUUUCAACCUAUCAACCUUCUCUCACUCUUCGACUCGGUAAACCCCUGCAAACCCCAAUCACAAGCCUCGAAGUUCGCUUCACUCACAUCAAAUCUGCUCAACAAAACCCCCAAAAAAUCCAAAAAUGACCCUCAAAAACCCGGAAAGUAUCGUCAGAUGCUGGACCAGUUCUACUUUGAAUGUGAAAACUUACCCGAUUAUCGUCACGCCCCAGAAGUGGAGAAUAUUUUGAAUGACGACCCGGUUUUCGAGAAGAAGAAGAAUCCAACUCCAGAAGAGAUUGAAGAGAAUGAGAAAUGGUGGGCCGACUUUCGUUCCAGUCCGGUUGUUCAGUUCUUGACUCGAGCCGAGGAGAUUGCUGAUAAGCUUAAUAAGCUAGAGCUUGAAGAAAAUUCGAGUCCGUAUCGAAGAGAAGAUAAGAAGUUGUGGAGGGCAUUGCCAAAUGUGAUUGGGUUGGAUGGUAGGCCGAUGCCAAGGAAGGCAAUAAGGUCGAAGAGAGAGUCUGAUGAUAAGUUCUGGGAUUUUGCAAGACAGUUCUUUUUUGGGCUUUGGGGGUUCCGGCAACGGCCUUAUCCACCAGGGAGACCCAUUGAUGUGUCUCAGGCUAUAGGGUACAAGCGGCUCGAGAAGCGUUACUAUGAUUAUAUCAUGAAGAGUAGUGGGUGGUUCUACAAAGAUCGGAUAGGUCGUACGAGGGGACCAAUGGAACUAAUACAACUGAAGACUGCUUGGGGUGGUGGAAUCAUUGAUAAGCACACAUUCAUAUGGGCCGAGGACAUGGAUGAAUGGGCACCAAUUGGAAUGAUUUACGGCAUGGAACGCGCAAUUGCCACUUGGGAAGUUAGACUAGGUGCCUCAGCCACAGCAUUCCUUCACAAACUACAGAAAGGUAUCCCUCCUUGGGUUCCUACCAAGGGGCAUGAGAACAAAACCUAUAAGCAGCUCCAAGAAGAAGCUUAUGAAAGCAAGAGGCGUGAUUUAGCUGUGCUAGAAGCUAAUGGUGGUAUUUGGCCUGGUGUAAGGAUUCCUAGUCAUACCCUGUUUCUUUGGGCUAGUGGAUCUGAGCUUACAUCAAUUUUGGAAGCUGAUCACAUGCCCAACAAAUACAUUCCAAAAGAUCUUAGGAUCCAAUUGGCUAAGGCUAUUCCUGGGUUGAGGCCAUGGGAGGUUUUAAGUGUCGAACAAGCCAUGGAUCAGAUAACAUACGGUGGCGAGUGGUACCGUGAACCUCUUGGUUCAUACACAACUGGUCCUCCCUACAUCGACGAGUGGAAUACUGAUGUUCUGAAGUUGUUUGAGAUUUUCCACAAUCUCAGUGUUCAAGUGUACAGCCAACUGGAGAAAACAAUUCCUGGUUUCAGUACUGUAAUGGAGAAAGUCCAAGCUGAUGCUGCUGCAAGAGAAGCCAAAAGGAAGGCGAAGAGAGCUGCACAGAAGAAGGCUGAGGAGGAGAUGGCGUUAUAUGGCCGAGUUCAAAAUGAUCCAUAGCUGCCCCUUAAUUGUGUAAAUGGAAUCACAAUUCCCUGAAGCGCCAUUGUUUCUUCAGGUUUUCUUCUUCUUUGGGACAUAACACUAAUGUUUUUUAAUUUAGUUAUGAUUUCUGGUUCUUCAAUCUUGCAAUUGCUUAUCUUUAGUGGAAUGUAGUGCAGUUAGGCUUGUGUAUUGUCCCUCCUAAAAAGAUUAUUCCAAAAUAAAUGGGCAAUAGU